CUGUCGAAGGCGCACGCGCACUGACGUUUGGACGCCGAAAUGUUUACAAUAAAAAUCGUGUCGUGCUUCUAAAAAUACAUUAAAAGUGAUUUAACAUCCAUAAAUAAUGUGAACAAGAUAUAAUAUGAUGCGUUGAGUUGGUGAGCGUUACCUCUAAAACGAUGUUAAAAAUCUUGACCUGGCCAAUUAGAAGUUUCUCAAGGAUAUUCAUAUUUCUAAUACUUAUUUAUGCGUGGUCGCUACUAUGUCUUUACAACAGCAAGCUGUAUGACAUUAGAGCUAAGCGGAGAGAAAUACUGUCUUACACAAAUCACAGGAAUUUCAAAUACAUUCUCCAAUGGACGCGGCGAUUCAGCGCGCCUUUCGAUUAUCUAAGCGAAGGGAACGCGGCAUUCGUAAAAAACAAAUGCAAUCACACAAACUGUUAUGUUACAGAUGACAAAAACUAUUUCCUCGAUCAAAGGGAAUUCGACGCUAUCGUGUUCAACGGUAAAGAUGUCAUUCACCUGUGGCCGUUUCAAAUGCCCGCGCAGAGGUCCCCGAAACAGAAGUUUAUAUUCGGCGCGAUGGAAUCCCCGGAUAAUUUUCCAGCGUGUGACGAACACUUAGAUGGAUACUUUAAUUGGACGUGGACGUACAAAUUGGAUUCGGAUUUCCGAUGGGCCUAUAUAACGAUAUUCGAUUUGAAUGGCACGAUAGUUGGGCCGAAUAUUGGCAUGAACUGGCCAAAACAUAUGGAUGAAAUUGGUGAUGAAUUGAAGACCAAGUUGUCACGUAAGACGAAAGCGGUAGCUUGGUUCGUGUCCCAUUGCUCUACGCGGAGUCGUAGAGAGGAUUUUGUGGCUGAUUUAGAUGAUGAGUUGAACAGAUAUGGAUUAUCAGUUGACGUUUACGGUAGUUGCGGGACGCUAAGCUGUCCCCGCAGUGACGAGCGAUCGUGCUUCAAAAUGAUCGAGGACAAGUAUCACUUCUAUUUGUCAUUCGAGAAUUCAUUCUCAGAGGACUACGUGACUGAAAAACUGUUGACCGCUCUGAACAAUUACGCGGUGCCUAUUGUUUUCGGUGCCGCCGACUAUACGAGAUUUGUGCCAGAAGGCAGCUACCUCAACGCAAGAGAGCUAGGACCAAAGAAACUCGCGCAAGCAAUAAGUGACAUUAUCGCAAACAAAUCCAGGUAUUAUGACUUCUUUCGAUGGCGCAAUCAUUUUGUGUACAAAGGAACGGAUGAAGUAGACGUGUGCCACCUCUGUGACAUGUUAAAUAACGAACAAAAAGUAAAUGAAAUGACUGUGUGGCAAGACUUCCGAGUAUGGUGGAAUGGAGCUAGAUAUAAAGAGAACUGUUUUUAAAACCAUAACCACAGAUAACGUAAUACUGUACACAUAAUCUAAGUAUGCCUGCAAAAUCCGCUAGUCCUACUGGAAAUCGAUGGAUAGACGUUCUACCGUCUAAUGAAUAAUUAAAAUAAAUGAAAAACAGGAAUGAAGAUUUGAAAUUCGAUUU